AUGAUUGGUUUCGCUGCUGGUGCCGGUUUCCUUCUCUUCGGUUACGACCAAGGAGUCAUGGGCGGCUUGCUCACUCUCCCUUCCUUCGUUGCGGUCUUCCCUGAAAUCGAUACGACUACCGGCUCCGGCACCAACGCCAAGUCUCAUCAGGCUACUCUACAAGGAGUGGCGGUCGGCCUCUACGAAAUCGGCUGCUUCAUCGGUGCCAUCUCUUGUCUUUGGCUCGGUGACGGCCUUGGACGAAGACCUGUGAUCUGGAUCGGAACUAUCAUCAUGAUGAUCGGAGCUACAAUUCAGUGCAGCUCCUUCUCUCUGGCGCAGCUCAUCGUCGGUCGUAUCGUCACGGGCGUUGGUAACGGAAUGCACACCGCAACCAUCCCUGUCUGGCAGUCAGAAUGCUCGCCACCUCACAAGCGCGGGAUGCUUAUCAUGGUCGAAGGUGCUCUCAUUACCGGAGGGAUCUGCAUGUCAUACUGGAUAGAUUUCGCCUUUUAUUGGCUAGAUCCUUCCUCUCGCUACGCCACGGGGAACUUCAACCUUGCUGACUUUCCCCACGCCUCAGCCGCGUGGAGGGUACCCAUCGCCUUCCAAAUCCUAUUGUGUAUCCCUACCCUUAUCACCAUUUGGAUGCCUGAAUCCCCUCGUUGGCUGAUGCUCAAAGGCCGUGAGGAGGAAGCUAGGAGUGUCCUUGCAUCUUUGGACCAGGUCAACAUCCACGAUCCUAUCAUUACGCUCAAGGCCAAUGAGAUUCGCGAAUCCAUCGAGGAAGCAAACCGCAAAGGACUCGGCGAUCUCUUCAAGCAGGGCAAAGAGAGGAACUUCCACCGCACUGCACUAGGCUUUGUCAUCCAGAUGUACCAACAGAUUUCGGGAAUCAACCUCAUUACCUACUAUGCUGCGACUAUAUUCCAGAACAAUUUGGGCUUCAGCCCCCUAAUUUCGAGAAUUGUGGCAGCUGCGAACGGUACCGAGUAUUUCCUGGCGUCCUGGAUCGCAGUCUACACCAUCGAGCAUUUCGGUCGCAGGAAGCUCAUGAUCUUCGGAGCGAUCGGAAUGAGUGCUUGCAUGGCCAUCUUGACCGGCUGUACGUCUAAAGCUGCUCUGGAUCCUGUUGGCGGCGUCGCUUCUAACAAAGCUCAAAAUGCUGCCCCUGGUUACGUCGCUGUUGUCUUCCUCUUCCUCUUCAACACCUUCUUUGCCAUCGGCUGGCUCGGCAUGACCUGGCUCUACCCCGCCGAGAUUACUCCGCUCUCUAUCCGAGCCGCGGCUAACGGAAUUUCCACCUCCGCCAACUGGCUCUUCAACUUCAUGGUUGUCCUGAUCACCCCAAUCGCCUUCGCCAACAUCUCAAACUACACCUACCUCAUCUUUGCCGUCAUCAACGCACUUAUCGCGGUCACUUCCUGGUGGAUCUUCCCCGAGACGGCCGGAAGGUCCCUCGAGGAGAUGGACGGCAUCUUUGCCCAGGCCUCCAUGCUGGACCCUUACGAUGUGGUCAGGAUCGAGAAGAGGACGCCAAGGAGGUACGGUACCGAUGGAAAGCUUCUCGACGCGGACAACAUCCUCUCCGAGCAGGGAGAGGGCGGCAUGCACGAGAAGAAGGCGAAUGCUGGCGGCAAGGAUGCCCUGGUACAGACCCGAUCGGCAGACAGCAGCAUGUAA